GGCCCCUCCCACCUAUAAGAGGGCGCUGCGGAGGGGAUUGCAGCAGCCGCAGCUCCCCGCCGAGACCCGUCGCACCGAGCCGCCGGGAGAGCCCGGACCCCCCCCCAGCCGCAGCAUGCGCGAGUGCAUCUCCGUCCAUGUCGGCCAAGCCGGCGUCCAGAUGGGCAACACCUGCUGGGAGCUGUACUGCCUGGAGCACGGCAUCCAGCCCGACGGGCAGAUGCCCAGCGACAAAACCAUUGGUGGAGGGGACGACUCCUUCACCACCUUCUUCUGCGAGACCGGGGCUGGGAAGCAUGUCCCACGAGCCAUCUUUGUGGACCUGGAGCCCACCGUGAUCGAUGAGGUUCGGGCUGGAAUCUACCGCCAGCUCUUCCACCCCGAGCAACUGAUCACCGGCAAAGAGGAUGCUGCCAACAAUUAUGCCCGUGGGCACUACACCAUCGGCAAAGAGAUCAUCGACCAAGUGCUGGACAGGAUCCGGAAGCUGGCUGACCAGUGCACGGGACUCCAGGGCUUCCUCGUGUUUCACAGCUUCGGAGGAGGAACUGGCUCUGGAUUCACCUCCCUGCUGAUGGAGCGACUCUCCGUUGACUAUGGCAAGAAGUCCAAGCUGGAGUUCUCCAUCUACCCUGCACCACAGGUCUCCACUGCUGUGGUGGAGCCCUACAACUCCAUCCUCACCACACACACCACCCUGGAGCACUCAGACUGUGCUUUCAUGGUGGACAAUGAGGCCAUCUACGACAUCUGCCGCAGGAACCUGGAUAUUGAGCGCCCGACCUACACCAACUUGAACAGACUCAUCAGCCAGAUAGUCUCAUCCAUCACAGCAUCGCUGCGGUUCGAUGGAGCUCUGAAUGUCGACCUGACCGAGUUCCAGACCAACCUGGUGCCCUACCCUCGCAUCCACUUCCCCCUGGCCACCUACGCUCCUGUCAUCUCCGCAGAGAAGGCUUAUCAUGAGCAGCUGUCGGUGGCUGAGAUCACCAACUCCUGCUUUGAGCCGGCCAACCAGAUGGUGAAGUGUGACCCUCGCCAUGGCAAGUACAUGGCCUGCUGCCUGCUGUACCGCGGGGAUGUGGUGCCCAAGGACGUCAACGCCGCCAUCGCCACCAUCAAGACCAAGCGCAGCAUCCAGUUUGUGGACUGGUGCCCCACGGGCUUCAAGGUGGGCAUCAACUACCAGCCACCCACGGUGGUGCCGGGGGGGGACCUGGCCAAGGUGCAGCGCGCCGUCUGCAUGCUGAGCAACACCACGGCCAUCGCCGAGGCCUGGGCUCGCCUGGACCACAAGUUCGACCUGAUGUAUGCCAAGCGAGCCUUUGUGCACUGGUACGUGGGCGAGGGCAUGGAGGAAGGGGAGUUUUCUGAGGCACGGGAAGACAUGGCCGCCCUGGAGAAGGAUUAUGAGGAGGUGGGCCUGGACUCCUAUGAGGAUGAAGAGGAGGGCGAGGAGUAAAGAAGCCCCUGCCAAAAAGGACCGUGCUCCUUCUCUGUGUUACCUGCAGAAACCCUUUGCAAUAAAGCAUUUCAGAGCCUCUGUGUCUCCCAGUAGCCCCCCAGCUGUAUUGGUUGCUGGCCAGGUCAGGUGUGUGGUGAGUGCUUCAGCUCUGCUGCUGGUGCUGCUACGCUUCCUCCCAGCGCUCCGCUCCAGCUCCAGCUUGCUCCCCGUGCAGGUAAGAGCCCCCGGGUCCUCUCCCCGGGGCCAUGGCACACAUCCCACCCUGCUCGCUGCUCCAGCCGGGGGUGGGUACUGCUUCCUCGUGUGGUAUAUUGCCCCACGGUAUGUGGCCCUGCGUUGUAUCCCGGAGCCCAGGGGAGCAGGUUUAGCCUGAGCAGGAAAAAAAUCCGCAGCUGCUGGGGCUUGUCCCUGUGUGCAGCCAGAGGGGAGGUGGGCUUGUCUCUAAAGAGGGUGGUUAAAGCACCGGAGCAGCCUGGCACCCCUGUCCCUGUGGCCACAGUGUGGGGACAAGGGGCAUGCCCGGCUCUGCAGCGCAGCGGGUAUAUCCCACAAUGGCAUCCAGCGUGACGUGAACCCCCGCGGCUGCUUUUCUGCUGUGUUGUAGCGAGAGGAUUAAAGGAGGGAAACGCUCCCUGUGAAACUGUU